AUGGAUCAAUCGACAGAAAAGCUGUUGAACGAUUCCCUCCUAUCGGAAUGUUCACUCGAAGAUAGAAUGAUGGAUGGAUUUGUCGGUGUCUCUGGAGCUGGCGGCGCUGUCGCGUCCUCCACUAAUGACACCGUGGAUAACGCUUGCGGUGGGCUACUGAAUAUGUCGUACGUUCCCUCGAAUCCGGAUAACCCCGACUAUGCCGCCAUUGUCAAGCAGGAUCAGCUGGUGCCGGAUUUUAUCCUCGGCCUGCCGCACCACAGCUCGACGCCGAAGAAGAACGGUCGGCCCGUCUCCAUGUACGAACCGUGGACGCAGGCGGAAGCGUUCCGCUCGCUUCCGGCGGAAAUGCUGCGCAACGCAACGAAGCUAAUCGACAUUGACUUCGAGACGGAGGCGGCCGCCGCCGCCGCAGCUGCUGCCGCCAAGUCCUGCUGGGAGGCCGAAGACGCGGACGAGUUCAUUACCACGCUGGACGAGUCGGCCAUUUUGGAUAUCGAGUCGUACGAAGACCUCAGCCACAUCUACUGUCCACCGGGCGGAGGACCAGCCAACUGUAACAAUAAUAACGAGCAGCCCCACAAUCGAAAAGUGAUCGUGGCCGUUGAUGUCCAUCAUCAGCAGCAGCAGCAGCAGCAACAACAACAUCGUCGUCCUGUGCAUCGGAACCUGUUCGAUUAUCCUGUGCACGAGUGCCUGGAAGAGGAAAAGUACGAGGACAUCGAAAUCUACGCCACGGUCAAGAAGAAACCGCGCGAGCAAACGCCUCAGUCCGCGAUCGAUCGUACGGUAGCGAUAGACCCGCAGGCGCUUCUGCUCGCCACGGGAGGCGCCCCGAUGGAGAAGUUGCCGAAAAUUAUGACAACUUCUUGCUACGGCGAGCUUCACGGAGGGACAACGGGCGCCGCCCCUUGGAACGAUCCGGGUGCGAUCGUGAAGAGCAACGAGAACUUGCUCGACUCGUCCAGGCCCGCCGGGGCACUUUCGCUGAACAGUUCGAUCGUUGGCGAUGAACUGCAAUCCGGCAACAGCUCGUUCUAUGAACCCAACUCGAUGAACUCGUCGAUUGACUUCGUUCGCUAUGGUGAUAAGACGCGGGUGCGCUGGUGGGAUGACUUUACGGAAGAAACAGAGGCGGAACUCCAGGACAUUGCUGAAAAAGAUUUGGCAGCGAUCCGCAAGAUACUGGAAAACGAAACCGGAGGCGCCCUCUGUCCGAGCUGUCAGAUGCCGUUCGAUAAGGGCAAGAAAAGGAAGCUGAUCGACGCCUGCGGCCACGAGCGGUGCUACUCGUGCAUGUUCCGGAACGAGGCCUGUCCGCACUGCCGGGCGCAAAAGGAAGCGGGGCAGCCGGCCGCGACGCUGCACCAGCGGACCGGAAUGCACGCGGCGGACAUUGACAAUGAUAUUCUCUCCUCGAAUGGCGCCAUCUAUCAACCGCUCAGUCGAAAGAUGCAGGCCUACGGCAGCAGCAGCCAUCUGAUGUCACCGCUCGGUUCGCCCCAGCCCCAGGCCCGAUCGCAGAUGCGCACAAAUGGGCACUUUUCAUCGAUCUAUCAGAAUCCUGCCGACGUGCUCGGUUCCUCCGAGCGCUACAAGCUGAAGGACCGCCCGCCAAAGUGUCCCCCGGGAAAAGCGGAAUCGCACUACGCCAGUAUCACCAGCGCACCAUCCCAGCAGACGGGCGGCGGGUUCGGCCUGAAGUCGACGCUCCAGCAACGCUCGGCGCUCAACAGCAGCAGCGACAUGGCGUCCAGCACUUGUGCGACGCCACCGCAGAACCGCCGGCGGCUGUUCAGCCCGAAGAAUCUCCGCAGCCCGUUCGGCUACUGGCGCAACGGCAACGGCGGCAACACGGACAACUCCACGCUCUCGGGUCUGGCGUCGCUACUAAAUCCCGCAACGUUUCAUCGAGCGACGACGGCCGCCGCCAGCAAACUAAGCCGCUCGAUGGCCCGAACCGGCCCCGGCCAGGGUAUCGCAUCCUCCCAGGGUGUUGGUGGUGGUGGCCCGGGCGGCGGUGGGGGUGGGUUCAAUCUGCUGUCCACUCAUGGGGCACCGCCCGGUAUCAGCAAGCGCCAGCGGAACGCUAAUGAUGGCCAUAAAUUUCAUCGACUCAGUCUCGGAUCGUCCGCGUCGAUGGUUUUCGGCAAAAUUAAAUCCCUCUGGUCGGCGCAGGCGACGACGGUCAGCGCGGGAUUGAAUCAAUUAGCAGACGACGAAGGUGGCAACGUGAAGCCGCUGAUGCUGAACGGCAAGUCGAAGUCGUCGCAGGACGAGCUGCAGGUGCGGCUCGGGUUCUUCCUCGAGACGAACGCGCGCCGCAACCUGCGCGGCCCGAACCAAUCCUGCAGCUCGCUCACCUCGGCCAACACCAGCCCCGUGUCGACGCUGACCGGGUCCUCGGAGGCGGACGUUUCGCGGGUGCUGCAGCUGCAGGAACCGAACCACUACCAUACGGGCUGCGAGUCGAUCGGCUCGAUGAUGUCCGUGUCGAUCUCCGAGCAGAGUAACGCGUCCUCGAGCCCCGUCAGCCGGCGACAUUCGGUUACCACAUCACAAAGCGGAAGCAACGUGGCUGAUGAGCUGAUGGCGUUCAAGAGUCGCCGCACGACCGUGCGCCGUUCGGCACGCUCCGGCCAGAUUAAGGGACCGAUCGAUCCGAAGAUCCGGUUCGCCCAGUACCGGCAGCACCAGCUCACGCUGAAGCCACUGUUCUUCGAGGUGCCGACGCAAGAACCGGACCCGCUGUUUGUCGGCCGGCACUGGUUGGUGCGCGAGCUGGCCACCGCGAUCCAGUCGACCGAUUCGCCCGGCGUGCUGCUGAGCGGGAACCUCGGCACCGGCAAGACGGCGCUCCUGCUACAGUUGGUCGAGUACUCGUGCUUCGGGCGGCGCAAGGAGAUGCCGAUCCAGGAGAACGACGGCAUCUACUGCCAGAUCAAUGUGGCGCACGAUCGGCUCCGGAACCUGGCGUCGCACGUCGUGGCGUACCACUUCUGCCAGGCGGACAAUAACGCGACCUGCCUCAUACCGGACUUCGUGCACUCGCUGGCCGCGCAGCUCUGCCAGGCUCCGCAGUUGGCCGGCUACCACGAGUUCCUGCUAGGCGAGCACGCCCUCCAGCACGCACUCAGCGUGAAGGAGUGCAUCGCCGAUCCGGAGCGGGCGAUGGUGAUGGGCAUCCUGGAGCCGCUGGCGACGCUGCGGCGCGUCGGCAAGAUCCCGCCGAAGAACUGCGUCAUCCUGGUGGACGCGCUGUGCGAGGCGGAGUACCAUCGGCCCGACCACGGCGACACGAUCGCGUCCUUCCUGCAGCGCAUGACCGAGCACUUCCCGUCCUGGCUGAAGGUGGUCGCCACCAUCCGCACGCAGAUGCUCGAGUUCACCAAGGGUCUGCCGUACACGAAGAUGAGCCUGGACAGCUGGACGACGAACGAGUCGCUGCAGAAGGACAUCCUCGAGUACAUCACAUUCCGCAUCAACCAGAGCCAGAGCAUCCAGCACAACGUGGCCGGCGGGAAGGAGAUCGUCAACACGAGCGCCCACUUCAAGUUCGCCCAGCACCUGCUCGGGCUGACCAAGGGGUCGUUCCUGUUCGCGAAGCUGUCGCUCGACCUGAUCGAGCGCGGCAACCUGGUGAUCAAGUCGAGCAGCUUCAAGGUGCUGCCGGUGUCGCUCGCCCAGAUCUUUCUGCUCAACUUCAACCUCCGCUUCCCGACGGCGACCGCGUACGAUCGGAUCUCGAACAUCCUGGCCGUCUGCCUGGCCGCGCUCUACCCGCUCACGCUGACCGAGAUCUUCUACUCGCUGAAUGCGCUGAUCGCGAGCGAAGCGCCGGAAGGAGCGGACGCCGAAGGGGACGCGCCGACGGCCAUGAUCGAUUGGGAUGAGUUCCUGUGCCGGUUCAAAACGCUGACCGGGUUCCUGGUGAAGCGCCUCGACAACACGUACAUGUUUUUCCACCCGUCGUUCAGGGAGUGGCUCAUCAGGCGCGAGGACGGCGAGAGCACCAAGUUCCUGUGCGAUCUGCGCAACGGGCACGCCGGUAUCGCGUUGCGGCUGUCGCGCCUCCAGGCUCCGCUCGAUCCGGACCAGGCGCUCGAGCUCGGGCACCACAUCCUCAAGGCGCACCUCUACCGGAACGCCCCGUCCAGCCAGUCGCCGCGGGAUCUGCAGGCGUACUGGGUCGCCUCGGUGACGGGCUGCGUCUCGUCGGCCCUUUCCACCCUGCGCAACGUGUACAGCCCGAACAUAAAGGUGUCCCGCUUGCUGCUGCUGGCCGGUGCGACGCCCGACCACGUGACCCCCUUCCUCGGCAGUGCGCCGGUUCUAUGCAUCGCGGCCCACGAGGGAAUCCUGCCGAUGGUGAACCUGCUGCUCGAGUUCGGCGCGAACGUGGAGCAACCGAACAGCCAGGGCUGCACACCGCUCAUCCUGGCAGCCUCCAAGGGCCACUGCGACGUGGUACGUCAGCUGGUAGCGGCGGGUAGCGUCCUCGGUCAGACGGACACCUCACAGCGGUGCGCGCUGGUGCAUGCGGCCGUCGCCGGACGGCUGAAGGUGGUGAAGUAUCUGGUUGCGUGUGAUUGGAUUCCGCGGCCGGGCAGCACGGCGGACGUGACGCUCGAGCAGGCCGCCCAGCAGUCGCUAAUUGCCGCUGCCGGCCAGGGCAACACGGAGAUCGUGGAGGACUUCCUCGAUAUGGGCGAGGUGCAGGUGAACCGGCUGGAUGUGAUCACGGGCGAGACGGCGCUGACGACGGCCUGUGCCAACGGGCACACCGAAACCGUCACGAUACUACUGAGCCGGGGUGCCACGGCGGAGGUGCGCAACCGCAAGGAGAUGGCCCCGCUGCUGAUCGCGGUGAAGGAGGGCCACUGGGCGAUCGUGGAGCGGCUGCUGCAGCAUCAGACAGACUGCGAGCAGACGGAAGCGAACGGCAAGACGGCCCUCAUGAUCGCCGCCGAGGAGGGACACGUCGGCAUUAUCGAGCUGCUGCUCAGUCGAGGAGCUUCCUUGACGGCACAGGACAAGGACGGCCUGACGGCGCUUAGCUGGGCAUGCCUUCGCGGGAAACAGCAGGCGGCUAAGUGUCUUCUGGAGCGCGGCGCCGACAAGCAGCAUGCGGACGGAACCGGCCGAACACCGCUCGACCUGGCCGCUUACCAGGGUUCCGCCUCGCUCGUCCAGAUGCUGCUCGAUCACGGCGCCCAGAUCGAGCACGUCGACAUCAACGGAAUGCGCCCGCUCGAUCGUGCCAUCGCCUGCCGGAACGUGCAGGUCGUACAGGUGUUCCUGAAGCGCGGCGCCAAACUGGGCCCGGCCACCUGGGCCAUGGCGAACGGGAAGCCGGAAAUAAUGUUGAUCUUGCUCAAUAAACUACUCGAGGACGGCAACACACUGUACCGGAAGAACCGUCUCCAGGAGGCGUCCCAUCGGUAUCAGUACGCACUGAAGAAAAUCCCGACGGUGCCGGGUUCGGGUGACGGGAUCGCCAGCGGCGCAGUACUACCGACCGACCCGUUGACCGGUGGCCCGCUACUUACCGGACCGGACGGCAACAACAACAACUCGUCCGCCAAUACGGCGACGUUCCAGCAGUUGCGGUUUAAUUUCUUGCUCAAUCUGUCUCGCUGCAAGCGAAAAAUGAAUGAUGUAGCAGAGGCGAUCGAUCUUGCGCGGCAAGCGAUCGAGAUUAAACCGAACGCCUACGAUGGCUACUACGCGCGGGCGAAGGCCCUGAUGGAGUACGGCAACUAUGCGGAGGCGCUGCGUGACGCGUCCGCCGCCCUGGCCCGCGCACAAGCGACCACCCCGGACAUCCGGGACACGCUGACACGCUUGCACAGCGAUCUGCAGAAGCGCCAGCUGCAGGUGAUGGCCGACACGGCCAAUACGGCGCUCGCCAGCGUUGGCCUUCCGACGGUAGGUGCUCCGAUGGAGAGUGUCAGCACGCGGUCGAGCUCGGUUCACAGCAAUCGGUCCAUCGCCGAAUCGAUGGACAUCAUCACCGAUCUGUGAGCCUGCGAGCUUCAUUCCCGGAUUGUUACGUUGAUUUGACUUCGUCCGCCGUCGAAAUGUCGAGGACUUCUGCUGUGCCUACUUUGAUUACAUGCGUGCAUUUAACGGAUUGAGGUUUGUCAGUUCGGGCGUUUAUGUGUGUUUGCCGUUAAAAAUUGUUUGGAAUAACGAAAACAAAAACGACUAAAAAUAUAAAUUGGUAUACGAAAAACGAAAAAAAAAACACGAUUGAUAAUGAACUUUAGGCGAGCUAAUAAAAUAUUUUAAUAUUACUAUUCCGAUUCGCUUUCUUCUAAAGAAAGUGCAC